AUGGCUUCUCCCCAAGAUAUUAAGCAGUUAAGCAGUGGCUUCAAUGCUGUCGGUUUGUCCACUUCCCCUGGAGUUGUUUCUGCUUCCCCUAAUGACUCCUACCUGUCCCAGGUCAGACAGCGUAGUUUCUCUGCUGCCAAACACGCUAAACCAUUGAAACCAUUCUCCACUGGAGAUAUUAAAAUUUUGCUGCUAGAAAAUGUUAACGAAACCGCCAGAGAGAUCUUUGCUGAACAGGGAUAUCAAGUGGAGUUCCACAAGUCUUCGUUACCAGAGGAUGAGCUGAUUGAAAAAAUCAAAGAUGUUCAUGCCAUUGGUAUCAGGUCAAAAACUAAGUUAACCGAAAAGGUUUUGAAACACGCUAAAAACUUGAUAAUCAUCGGGUGUUUCUGUAUUGGUACCAAUCAAGUCGACUUGGAAUAUGCGGCAAAAUCGGGUGUUGCUGUGUUCAAUUCCCCAUUUUCAAACUCCAGAUCCGUUGCUGAAUUGGUUAUUGCCGAGAUUAUUACUCUUGCCAGGCAACUAGGAGAUAGAUCUUUGGAGAUGCACACCGGAACCUGGAAUAAAGUUUCCAACAAAUGUUGGGAGAUCAGAGGUAAAACGCUUGGAAUUGUGGGUUACGGGCACAUUGGUUCCCAGUUGUCCGUUCUGGCUGAAGCCUUUGGUAUGAACGUUAUCUACUACGAUGUCUUGAUGAUCAUGGCUCUGGGUUCUGCUAAACAGGUCCGUACAUUGAAUGACCUCCUUGCCCAAGCUGAUUUUGUCACUUUGCAUGUUCCCGAAAAUCCGGAGACUAAGAACCUUAUCAGCUCUCCUCAACUGGCUGCUAUGAAGGAUGGAGCUUACCUGAUCAAUGCUUCAAGAGGAACCGUGGUGGACAUUCCUGCCUUGGUUGAAGCGAUGAAACUAGGUAAGCUGGCGGGUGCUGCUUUGGAUGUUUAUCCACAAGAACCAGGUAAGAAUGGUCCAAACUUCACCAACGAGUUGAACUCUUGGGCUACUGAGCUAACUUCUUUGAGAAACAUUAUUCUGACCCCACAUAUUGGUGGUUCUACUGAAGAGGCCCAAUCUGCAAUUGGAAUUGAAGUAGGAACUGCUCUCACAAAGUACAUUAAUGAGGGAACUUCUACAGGUGCUGUCAACUUCCCAGAAGUUGCUUUACGUGCUCUAGAUCUUGACCAAGAAAACUCUGUUAGAGUGCUUUACAUUCAUCAGAACGUGCCUGGUGUGUUGAAAACUGUGAACAACAUUUUGGGUAACCAUAACAUUGAAAAGCAGUUCUCUGACUCCAGAGGAGACAUUGCCUACUUGAUGGCCGAUAUUUCUGAUGUGGAUGCUUCAGACAUCAAGUCUUUGUACGAACAACUGGAGCACACCCCUUACAAAAUCGUCACCCGUCUGCUAUACUAG